AUGUUGCCGUUGAUGAAUAUAGCAGAUAGUCAAGUUGAAAAUGGCAAGAUGACAGGUCUUAGCCAAAUGUUAUCUAAGGAGCUUGCUGGACAAGGAUUUGGAAUGGAUGAAAACCAGGUAUUUUGAAGUUAACUGUACAAAACUUUCUCGAUGUUUUUGGCAAUGAAGAUUAUUUGUUUGCAGGUUUUUUUAAUUAACCAUACUAGCUUUACAUAUAGUGGGUAGCUUCUAGAUAGCAAAGGGAUAUGUAGCAGAGAAAACUAGUGGUUUGGACGCGACUGAGGCGAAAUUAUAAUGAGACAGUUGCAUAUGGAAUGAAACCGCGUUCAGAGAGAAUGACACAAGCAUCAGCCACGACUGCUGAAUGGAAUCCCACGCCAAAGCCAGAAGACUAGAAGGGCUCUAAAUGAAAAACUAAAGCUAAAUAAUACCAGUGUUCAAGUUAGGAACAGGGUUUAGAGAAUAGGAACAUGACAGAACUAGAGUAAUAUAUUUCCCCCUGCAGGGUUGGUUUGAUUCGGGAGAGAAGACAAUAAGCGAAAUAUGUCAGCAUGGUUUACUUGAAGAUAUCAAAAGUAUUCAUGAAGAAGACGAGAAUAAAUUGCAAGAACCAGAUGAGAUAUGCUGGACAGCGUUACACUAUGCGAGUAGAUAUAACCAACGUGAUAUUAUAGAGUACCUCGUCAAGUCAUGUAACGCUGACGUCAAUGUCGUCACAGAUGAUGAUGUUACACCAUUGCAUUUAGCUGUAGGGUGAGUAAAACCUCUUUUGUAGUGUGUUAUUCCACAGGUCACUCUUUGACAGAGACCUUGGGCAGACCUUCACGUAGGAGGUUAUAAUUAUAGUUGCGUAAAGAACCCAAAGGACUGCAUGCAGAUUGCGUGGUAUGAAACACACAAAAGGCACUUGAUACUUAUAGAUACUAUUGUGUUGGCCGUGAACCAAACAGUUUGAAAUAAUUUCAUAAAAUUUUGUAUUUUUUAAUACUACUCAUUCGAGGGAGUUUCGUGUAUACAGAAUUUAGCACAUUUUUUUGUGAAAAUAUGGUUUUCAGUACCCUGUAUCUUGCACCCUUGGCUUUCAAUGUCAUUCACGUGGCCUUGGUCAAAAUAGAACAAAUAUUUGUGUAUGUGAACCAUGGAUACUUCAGACUUUGUAUUUAUUUAUUUUCUUCACAUGUCAAUUCAGCCACAACUGCCACGAUGCAGUGCGCUGUCUCCUUGACAACGGUGCUGACGCAAGCAUGAAGAACAACAAUGGAGAAUGUGCAAUACACUUGGUGGGCAAGAGAGGAGACAAGGAACUCAUCACGAUGUUGCUGAGCAAUCAUCAAACUGACCUACAAGCGCUGGACAAGAACCGCCGUACACCACUACACCAUGCUUGUUUCCAUGGUAACACGAUCACGUGUGAAACGUUGUUAAACCAAAGGGCGGAUCUGGAGGCCCAAACAAUCGAAGGACUGACGCCACUUCAUGUUGCAAUUAUCGGAGGACAAGAGGAGAUUGUAAAAUUGUUGAUCAAACGAGGUGGGUUGUGUAGUUUGUUGAGAAGGUUUCAGGUUUCUGCGGUUUCCUCUUGUAGGAAACAAGGAAAGGCCUUACUGGACCUCUAGGAAGAAUAGUUAAGGAAAAACUGAUCCAGUAUACAGAAAGUGAGUUUAGGUUUCCUUUUGAGGUAAUACUGGAUCAAUAAGGAAUGGGUCUUACUGGACCUCUAAGAGAACCCGGUAGAGCUGUUAGAACUAUGCAGUCCAAUACGUGCAUGGCUUGUUCAAUCUAGUAAGAAUAAAUAUUCUGUUGUUUCUGUCGUUUUAGCCAAAGAGCGAAAUAUGAAAAUACAAAAUUUCGUGAAUAUCUCUGACAGAAAUGGCACAAAACCAUUACACUUGUGUGCCAGGGGUGGUCUGCUCAACAUCAUGGAGAUCUUAUUACGUCACGGUGCUGACGUCAACGCACAGAGGAUCCUGUCAGGGCGUGGUUACUCAGCUCUGCAUCUUGCAGCUGCUGGAGGCGACCUCAAGAUGUGUCGGAUGUUGUUGAAUUACGAGGCUGAAUUGGAUAUACGAGACUACGAUGGAUGCACACCGUUACAUAGGUACACAAGUUGUCCUUGUAUUUUUCAGGUUGUUGUAUCCCUAUCAAUCCCACCCUUGCUUAUUAUUGACACUACCUACACUGGCACAGAUUGUUCAAGAUUAUACCACAAGAGCAGGCUUUUCACACAGAGCACAUCACUCAAACAGUCCACUGGUCACGUUUUGACGGAGACUUCGGUAACAUGGGGAGUUAUAACCCUGCUUAAGCCCAUUUCCACUCAGAACGAUUUUCCGCAGAAAGAAAAUUUUUGUAAAAUUUGAUUGGCCGACACAAAUUUUCCAUCGGAAAAAGAAUUUUGAAGUUGAAAAUUUUCAACUUUUCACAGUGAUAUUUUUCGGAAAAUUUUCUGUCCGUGGAAAUUUUUCUUGAGUGGAAAUGGGUGGUAGUAAAGAACAUGAAAAACUGUGUGCAGCUGGUGAAGUGAAAAAACGUGUGUGACACUUUCAGAAUUUAAUUGUUUCAGUGAGCUGUAAGCAAAGCUUAUUUGAAAUGUUUUGUAUGCGGUCUCGUAGCGAUUACACCUCUUGUAAUUUUCAAAGUUAUUUAGCUUAUUAGGCGAAUCAAACUUGCCCAAAACAUCUUCAACGAAGAUAAAUAGACGAGUAUACGUACAACGUGAAAUAUUGAAGGAUUGUACGUACAACGUGAAAUAUUGAAGGAUUUCCAAUGAAAUGAAAAACUAACAAAGUAUCUUUUGUUUACUCCCUCAGAGCAGCGGCAAGGAACCACGACACCGUAGUGACAUUCCUGUUGAGUAAAGGAGCUGCAUUGAUAAUCGUGGAUAAGAAUGGAUUAACAUGUUUCCUCCACGCUGUCCAAGAAGGCUACACUCAUUUGGCUGAACUUAUUUUAAAACGAGACGAAAGUCAGAUCUAUCAACGAACCAAGAAAUCGCGCUGCUGUGUUCAUCUGGCAGUGAUCAACAGACAUAAACCAUUGCUCAUGAUGUUGUUAAGAAACGCAGGCUCGAAAUACACCAACGCAAUUGAUUACAAUAACAGGACCCCGCUGCAUUACGCGGCAGCCCUUGGUGAUUCUGAGGUAUAGAGUAGCCGUUAAGUAACACUGCACUUUAGUUGUGGUUAGGCUGUGGUUUAGUUGCAGCGGUUGACCGUAAUAUAUGGUCUUUGUUAGAAACAGUAGUAUCGUUUUUCCUAUUAUUUCGAACAACUUGCAUUUGUUGGUUUUAACUGUCCAACUUGCCAUUCCCCAGUUUGGAUAACACCUUCAAAAACUCAUUAAUAAUUCAUGAAGCAAUUAUCCAAUCUUGAGUAAGAAAUUAGUCACGUGCAUACGUCUUUAUACCAGCUAAAGAACACUUUAACAAAAGACCACUGUUAUGCAAACUAUAUAAAGAUUUCUAUAUAAAGAUUUUUUAUAUAAAGAUUUUUAUAUAAACAUUUUUCUAUAAAGAUUUUUAUAUAAACAUUUUCAUAUAAAGAUUUUUCUAUAAAGAUUUGACUUAUUAUGCAUACGUUUUUGAAGCCAUUUAAAAAACUCGCAGGUCGUGUUUUAUUAGGUCUAAAGCCACUCGCGCUGCGCGCUCGUGCUUUAAACCUAAUAAAACACUCCUGCUCGUUUUUUUAAAUAGUACAUAUCAAACUCAUUAAUAAUUCAUGAGUAAAUUAACCAGCCAUAUUUGCUCACAUGAUAAUACUGGAUAUCUGGUGAAGUACAUUGAUCUAGUCCUAGGACUGGAUCAAAAUUAAUUCAGUCCUUGGACUGGAUCAAUAUUAAUUCACCUCACUUUAAGUAGUGAUUUAUUCGUACGAGUCCUCCAAUUCGGACUGGCCUAGAUUUCAAGUCCUCGACUCAUUUUGACCCAGUCCUCGGCUUUGCCUUAAACUGGAUCACAUUGCGUGGACUUGAAAUCUAGUCCAGUCCUUAUAGUCGGAUUUGGAAUAUUACUUUCACGCAAGUCCAAUGGACCAUUUGCAUUAUAGACUAAAUUUUGAUCUAGACAGAAAUUUCAUCACAGCUUGAAAGAGCAUCACAAAAUUAGUAAUAUUCCAAAGUUUCGUUGCGAAAUGUUGUAAAAUGCGGAUAAUAUAGCCUUGCGAAAUUUGCAAUUUUCAGUCAUUUUGUAUUACAAACGGGAAAUUGAUGCCCCAACACCCUAUUGGGCUGUCAAUUUCCCGUGCGUAAUACAAAAUGACUGAAAAACGGCAAACUUCGCAUGGCUAUAUUAUCCGCAUUUUACAACAUUUCGCAACGAAACUUUGAAAUCUUACUAAUUUUGUGAUGCUCUUUCAAGCUGUGAUGAAAUUUUUGUCUAGAUCAAAAUUUAGUCUAUAGUGCAAAUGGUCCAUUCAUCGGUUAAUUAAUUGAAGUCAUUGAACAGUUUUGCCCAAAAUGAACAUGCAAAACAAGUCAAAUUAUUUUUUCCCCAUACAAGGCAUACACAACUAACAAAAUGACCACUCACCCUACUUAUCCCAACAUUCCACGUUUAGGUCAUCCGUAUCCUCCUGCAACACGGCAGUAAUCCAGACACACUGGACAUUCAUUCCCAGACCCCUCUUCACCUCGCGUGCAAAGCUGAUAACUUGAAAUGUGUUAAAAUGAUUCUGGACAAGUCAAUGAUCAGUUUAAAUAUCGUAGAUGAUACAGGCAACACAGCACUUUAUAAUGCCUGCAGAAAUGGAAACACGUAAGACUUUAAAAUGCUUUCAUAUCAGAACUAAACUAACUUUAGGCACCUUAUCUAUCAAUUAUGUCUAGACUAUUCUUUCUAAGGUGCAGCAAGUGCCAUUAUUUAUUGUUCCAGUACUACUAGAGGAAGAAACCUGAACUAAACUAACCGUACAUUUAUGCUGGAUAGGUCUACCAGUUUUGAACUGUUCUCCCUAGAUGAUCAGUGUUACUACCACUGUAAGUCCAAUCACAGUUAAUAGAAUGAGAGGUCCAAUAAAGACUACCCCUCAUAGAGCCAGUGUUACUUCAGGAGGAAACCUUGCUUAACUAACAAACCUGAUUACUUUAUUUUGGAUGGAAUCUCUAUCAAUUGUUCUCCAUAAAGGUCCAGUAAGGACUAUCCAUUAUUCGUUUUCGGUUCAAUAUUAGUACAGGAUGAAACCUUUAUUUAAACCAGAGUGUGAUAUGAGUUUUACCUUUCUUUGUUCUAGACUUGUCGCCAACUAUCUUCUAAAGCACGGAGCAGAUGUCUCCUUUGCAGACAUGAACGGUGACACAGCCUUGCACUGUGCUGUGAGAUCUGGCUCCCUUAGUGUCUGUGCCUCACUGCUGGAUUACUAUGCCUCGUGCGACACGGUCAACGGAGAUAGGGAAACGUCGCUACACGAGGCUGCAAAAGGGGAUAAUGCAGAUAUUGUGGUGUUGUUAUUGGAUAAGAAAGCCAACACAGAACUAAAAAAUAAGAGAGAUAAAACGUUUUUAGAUCUAGCGAUUGAUAGUGCGCAUGAUGAGGUACUGGACGCCAUCAUGAACCAUCACAGGUUAGAUGACACAAUUAUCACCAUCUUUCCUGGUUACCAUCAUUAA